UUAGAUGCGUUCACAUUCCUCGCGUUCAAAAAAAUGGCGGUGGUGGAAGUAUAUUCUCACCCCGUUUUACAUCGCUACAAAACCAGCAUUUGUACAAAAGCCACGAUAUUUGUGUUCGCGUGCUUUCUUCUCACAUUCAUUCCACCGAUCCUGGUAGCAUAUAGGAGUCAAGGUUUCUGGCAGAGAGAGGCCUGGUACAGAGAGCAGCCUGAUGUGAGUUUUAAACACCAGAUCCUGCUGCUGCUGCAGACAUCCCAGACUGGAGACUAUCUGGUGUGGAGCACCUACCAGAACUUCAACCAACUGCAGCAAGGCAGGGUCAGGGUGCCACUAGUCAAGUCCAGAGAGGAAGACUCUAACCGAGAUGGGAAGUCUGAUGCCCUGCAGAUGACAGUACAGGUUCCAUUGUUGGACACAGAGGAAGUCUACAGUGUUGAUCUUCUGCUGUUCUUUCAGUACAAACUAUAUAUCUUCUCUGCCUUCACCAUGGAGUGUAUGGCAUACCUCCAGCACACAUCCCCCCUCCCUGGGGCUGACCUGACCGUGGUGGGGGACCUGAGGUUACACCAGAAGUACCCCCUGGGACACACAGGCAGGGACACUAGGUUUAAUACCUCCAUUAUAGACAGUACCAGUAUCUUUCCCAGUGCCUAUGACCUGAGGACAAUCUUUGAGUCCUACAGUGAUAGAAAUGUUUCUACCAACUUCCAGACAUACUACCCAGUAUGGAGAACAGGGAGAGCGACUGGUCAACCCUUUGUGAUCUCAGCCACUGUGAGAUACCCAGAGGAAACCAUACUUUACAAACCAGGUUUCUGGCAGCUCAUCAAGUGGGGCUGGGUGCAGUACAUCUCCAUCCUGCUAGUCUUCCUGUUCGUCUUUGACAGGAUCAAGACUUUUGUGUUUGAGAACCAAAUCUUGAACACCAUAGUGGACAGCCCAACCAAAAAGUUCAAGCAAGGUUAAAGAAGAAUGAGUUACAUUAUGCUACAAUUUUAAGAAC